AUGGAGAUUUUUACAUUUGAUAAUUGCGAUCAUUCUAAGGAAUUCUAACUUCUUGUUUAAUAUUAUUCGGUAUUUGAUGAAGAUUUAGAAUCUUCGAACAGGACUAAAUCAAUUGUUGAUUUAUUGGAUGCAGGUUUAGAAAUUUAAGAAAAAUUUCGUAAAAAAGCAAAAUAAGAGAAAUAGAGUAAUUGAUCUUUGCAUUAUUUAGCUUAAAAAAAUUUUAAGACUCCUUUAGAUUUUCUUAGAGAUUCAUUAAAAAAUAAAAUUGAUAAUACUCUAUCCUUUUAACAAAUAUUGAUAUUUUCAAAUCCAUAAGUAAUUAAGAAUUUUGGUAAACCAAAAGUUGUGCAUCAUAAUGGUGAAUUUCUUAUAGUAGGUGGAUCUUUAGGAAAUAUUCUCUAUUACUCUUAAUCAUAGAUGGAUAUUAUUAUUUAAUAAUAGAAAAUAGGAGUUGUAACUGCUUUAGAUUCAUUAAAUGAAUUAGUGGCUGUAGGUUAUGAGAGUGGAUGGAUUAGUAUAAUAAAUAUGAAAAAAAAGAAACAUUAGUACACUUGUUAGAAUAUUACUAAAUCUAAAAUAAUAGUUAUUAAAUUCAUAUUUUAAUCUAAAAACUUUUUUAAUGUUAUAACUUCAGAUGAUAUGGGAAUUAUGAGAAUUGUAAAUUUUAGGAAAGGAAUAUUGGGAUUCGAUUAUUAAAUACAAUUAACAAUACCAAGAUAAUAAUAUCCAAUGCUAAACAUAAUGGUUUUGUAUAAAAAUGAAACAAAAGAAUUUAUGGGUGAUUAAUAUGAAAAAUCAAGUAGAAUUAUUGGAUUAUGUUCAUUACGCAAAUUUUAUCUUAUUAUUACUUAUAAAGAUGAUGAAAAGAAGUUGAAAUCUAUAAUAGAGAUAGAAAAUCCACAUUUUUCAGGUCCAGAAAAACCCUUUUAUUGUUAUCUCUCUUAUGGUUAUGGUAUAUUACCUCCUCCAAAUUAAGAGUAAGAAUAAUAAUGGAAAGAAAAGAAACUGAUAAUUUUACUAUGUUGGAAUUGUCAUUUGUUUAUAUUAGUUAAAGGUAAUGAUUAAGCAAGAUAUAUGACACUUAAACCAUUAAUUUUUAAAUAAUAAAUACAUGCUGCUUAUUUUGUAGAAUAAUCUAUAAUAGAAGUUAUAACUACAAAUCAAAAUAUAUAUCUAUUUAAUACACUUCAUUUAGAAAUGCAUAUGGUUCCAAAAGGAAUAGAAUAAAUACCAUAUUUCAUUUAAAAAAAGAAUUGGCCUGAUUCUCCAUUUACUUCCCUUUAUUAAGUUGAUAUUAAGAAUAAAGAUGAUGGGAUUGAAUUGAAAUAAUAUCCAUUAUAAAAUUAAAUAUAUGCUUUAAAUAAAUAAACAAGGUAAAUUCAUAUUUUAGUGGAAGGAUCAAUUGUCACAGGUAGUAUAAAUAAUUUAGAAUAAUCUAUUGAUAUUUUUAUAUAGAAUAAAGAUUGGGCUAAAGGAAUGUUAUUGAUUUUGGCUUUGAUGGAUGGCAGCAUGAAAUCUACUCCAAUUAAAUUCAAUUAAUAGGUUUUAAAAAAUAAAGUAUUGGAAAUAGCCACUCAUUAUAUUAAAGUUGUUUUAGAGGAAAUCAAAACAACUUUAGAUAAACAUAAAACCUUGAUUUAUACUCCAACUUCUUUAUUAGGUCAUUAAUAAGAUGUUGAAAAAGUAAAGACACUACUAUCAAUGCUUGUGGAUUUUCUUUUGAGAGUUUCAAGUGAUAUCUUAUUUAAUUAAAUAUAUUGUAUCAUAAAGAAAUUUUUAAAUGGAGAUAUAAGCAUAUUAUGUAAUGAAUUAAGUUUGUAUCUAAAGAAUGGAAAGGUUAAAAUGAUUGAUGCAAAUGAAUAAACUAUAAGUAACUUAUAAAUUAUUAAUGAGAUUAGAUGAAAUCUUGUUAUAUUAUAUUAAAAAAGGGGAAUAAUAAUGCAUUGAUGCUUUUAUCUAGAAAAUUGAAUAUUCAAAAAUUAAUACUGAAUAAUUAAUUUAACAAUGUCUUAUAAAUAAAUUGACUACUAGUUUGAGUUAUGUAUGUACAAGGUCUGGAGAUUUCUUGACUCCUUUGGCUAAAUUAUGGGGAAUAAUUUAAUAAGACAUAAAAAAGAAAGAUCCAUAAUUAGUGAUAGAAUAAGGAAAAAAUAUUAUAUUAUAUUUGGAAUAUACUUUACAUAUUGAAGAAUUAAUAAAAGAGAAAUCUGAUUAGAUAUCUUUAUGGUUAUUUGAAAUUUAAACAUUAUUUUUAUUAAUGAGUAUAGAUUUUGCUGGUUCUGUCUAAUUAUGUUACAGAUUUUUUAUAUCUCCAUAUGAUUAAUUUUUAGAUAAAGAAAGAUUAAAGAAAUAUUAUAUUAACAUGACUUAAGCUUUUUAAAAAUUAAAAGUAAUAAAAGAUUAAAAUGAUUUAAAAUUUUAAUUAACCUAAUUAUAAAUAAAAACAUUACCAGAUGCUAUUGCAUGGGAUAAAAUGAUCAAUUAAGUUGGUAGAUCUAUAUAAGCAAGUAUUUUGAGUAAAGGAUACACAGAAUAAUUAUAAAAUAAAUAAUUAACUGAAUUAUUCUUAGAUUUAGUAAGUGAACAUCGACAUUUGAUAUUUCUACCACUUUAAUGUUUACCUUUACCUAAUAUAUUACAUAAUGAUGAACCAACUCUUAAAUAUUGUUUAAUUUAUGCAUAUAAUUAAUUUAUAAUCAAUUUAUUUAAGAAAUAUCCAGCUGUUGAUAAAGAAGAUGUUUUAAAUUCAAUGGCAUCAGAUGGAUAAUUUGAUUGGGUUAAAAUGUAUUUAAAUGAAGAACUUAAAAUUUAUAGUAGAACUUUAGAUUUCAGAAUUAAAAUUAAGAAUUAAUUACAAAAUUUUAACAUUAAAGUUAAAUUUGAAAUUUUUACAUGGAUUUCUAAUGUUUUAUAAAAAGAUCCUCCAAUUCCAUAAAUUGAUUCUUUUAAAGAUAGAAUUCUAUAUCAUAUAGGAUCUUUAGUAUCUUAUAGUGCUGUUCACACAAGAUCAUUGAUUUCAAAAUAUUUUUAAGCCAAUGAUAUAAGUAUUCUAAAUAAAAUGGGGGAAUUACCAAAAUUAUAAUUAGAAUAUCUAGAAUAAAUUAUGUAAGCUGAUAGAAAAUAAUAUUAAUCCAAUACAGAAUUGUUAAAAUUAUAUAUUAAAUUAAUUUGUUAAAUUAAACCAGAGAAAGUUAUAAAAGAACUUUAAGAAUAAGAAUAUCCUUUAGAUGAAAUGAUUGUAGUAUUAAAAUAAUAUCCUGUGCCUGAUGCUUUAGUAUAUUUACAUGAAAGAUCAGGAGCUAUUACAGAAGCAAUUAGUGUCAAACUAGAUGAUUUUAUUUAAAAAAUACAAUAGAAAGCAUUUUUAAGCAAAGUAUGUAUAUAUAUAAAUUUAAUAAUUUUAGAGUGAAUUUUAUUGUUAUUUUUUGGAAAUUUGUAAUAUUUGUCUUAGGAAUUAGAAAUUAGAUGAAUUAGAUGAAUCCUGGGAUAUGGUGACUUAAUGCAUUUUGGAACUUUCAUAAAAUAGAUAUACACCAUAACCUUAUCCAUCUUAUUUAGAAGAAUAUAUUCCAUUAUUAUUAAAGAAAUGGGCAGAAUGUAGUCAUUUAGAUGCAUUUCUUGAUAAAAUAACAACUAAAUAUAUGAGAUUAAGUUCUUCAAAACUUAAAAUGACUUUCAUGUCUAUGUAUAAACACUUUAAUUUCUCUUCUACAGUUUAUACUAAAUUAGUAGAUAUCAAUUUUAUUAAAUGCAUUAAAAAUAUGAGAGCUUUGGUUCAUUUAUAACUUAAAGGGUAGGGUUAUUUACCAGGUUGCUAUAAAUGUAAUAAUUAUUAUGAGUAUCAUUAAUAACUUGAAUCAAUUAUUCUUUUAGCUUGUGGUCAUACUUUUCAUUAUAAUUGUCUUAAUUUAGAUGAGAAGGAUUAAUAUCAUUGUCCAGUUUGUUUGAAUAGUCCAAAAAUUGCUAUGGCUCAUUAACUUUAAUAAUUGAAAUCCAAAAAAUAUUUACUUAAGACUGAAAAUUAAUAAUAAUAAUUAUAUUAAAAGAAUUAAAACCCUUUGAUUAUUAAUAUUAUUAAAUAAGGAUAAAAAAAACAAUAGGAAAUUGAAUAGAGUUUAAAAUUCAUUCAAAAUGAAAAUGAAGAAGAAAAUAGAAGAAUGAAAUAAUUUGAAAAAUUAAAAUUAUUUGAAUAAUAAAAAUUGAUUAGAUUGGAAAGAGUUUGUUAAGGAGUUAUACUAUAUUGA